CCUUACAAUAUACCUCCUAUUUCUAUUAUAUUCCCCUCCGCGGUGCGUUGGGGUGCCUUUGUUCUCGUCUGCACGCCAAGGCUCCGAAGCAUUUCUCCGUCGACGAUCGGGAUGUCGGAUGAGGACUCGCGUGCCAGCUCUACUUCAUCCUCCUCUUCCUCCUCUUCCUCCACCCAUCAGCAGCAGGAGAAAGACACAUCUGGGAAAAAGAGAGACAACAAAGCCAACAUGAGCAAGACCUCCAAACUCCUCUCCACCAGCGCCAAGAGGAUUCAGAAAGAGCUGGCUGACAUCAUGUUGGACCCGCCACCAAACUGCAGUGCGGGUCCUAAAGGAGACAACAUCUACGAGUGGAGGUCCACUAUCCUGGGUCCUCCAGGUUCAGUGUAUGAGGGAGGAGUGUUCUUCCUGGACAUCGCUUUCACUCCAGACUACCCCUUCAAGCCACCCAAGGUGACGUUUCGCACGAGAAUCUACCACUGCAACAUCAACAGUCAGGGUGUGAUCUGUCUGGACAUCCUGAAGGACAACUGGAGCCCGGCGCUCACCGUCUCCAAAGUGCUGCUGUCCAUCUGCUCUCUCCUCACAGACUGUAACCCUGCUGAUCCUCUGGUAGGAAGCAUCGCCACGCAGUACACAACCAACAGACCUGAGCACGACAGGAUAGCCAAACAGUGGACCAAACGCUACGCCACAUAAUUCCUCCGGCCGCGGAGCGCCGCUGCCUGCCGAACGUCUGUGGGAUGGGGAGGAGCUGUGGGAGGAAAUGGGGAUCCGUAGGGUAGAGAUACAGGGUGGGUUUUAUGAUGGAAUUUUUCUUUCCCUGCAUUAAUUUUUUGUUGUUGUGUUUGUUUCCCUUGGCUCAAGUAGCAUCAUGAUUUGACAAAAAUGGAUCUUAAUGUGCGUUUUCUUUGCCUUCCUGUUGUAAAUUGGUUUUAUUUGGAGCUUCCUCGUUCUUGUCAAAUGAAGUCACAGCAUGAGCCUAUGGUAGGAUUGUUCCAUGUAUGCAUUUCCCCACCAAUAUUAAAGUUGACGUUGGUGUA